AUGUUCUAUGGAAAUGCGGGCCCGGACUUUCAGACUUUCGCAGCACUUGUUAUCCCUCAGGCGGAGUCCUCUAUGAUGGGAAUGAGCUCUGCCGAUGACGCUUUGAAGGAUUUGCGUACAGCAUUUUGGGUGAAGAUAGGUGACGUUCAGGAAGGCGAUCAAACCACAUGUCAGUAUACGCUGUACGAUUCUUCAGAAGAAUCUGACGACGAUCUGCUUGCUCUGGGGUUCAUGGGUGAAGCCGUCUUAGAGAUUCGACGAGCUUUUCAAAGAGGAGAACUCUACUGCAAAGUGAUGGAUGAUCAGGGAAAUAUUCUUCAAGGGAUUGAUUCCCCUCGACCUGGAUCUGCAGUCAGACGACAAUUCUUCACUGGACGAAACGUUCUACCGGAACUGAGGGACAAUGAGGUUGCGCUUAGGGGUCGUUGA